AUGUCGCGGCGAAGGAGAGGAGAGGGACGAGCGAGCGACGAGGGAGAAGAAGAGGAGGAAGAGAAGCGGACUGGACGAAGCAAAAAGGAAGACGAGCAGAAGAAGAAGAAGAAGAAGAGAAGAAGAACGAACGCUGCGAAGGGGGUGAAGCAGGCCAGCCAGCGCGGCGGGAGCGGAAGAGCAGCAGCAGAGACGAUGCAGCCCCUGAAAGCGCGUAUCCGUAAUACAGAUACAUGCACUUUUGCCCACGCUAGCAGGAAAAAGCAAAGACGCUCUCGUCGCUUUUUCGGGCUGUCGAUGAUGCUCCAGGCGGCGGUGGUGAAGGUGAAGGUUGAGGUUGGAGCUGAGCUAAUUACCAGUGGCUACGAUGAGGCUUGGGCCGUUGGACAUGCCCAUCCUGACCGUCGGAUCGAAGCCUCUCAGCGGCCUCCACGACUGCGCGCAGGACCAGGGAAGAAGGCGGCCCUCCAGCAGCGAGUCGGAGUCCCUCUCGUCGCCCUUAUAAGCAGACACACCCCGGGCAUGGGUCUGUCGAGGCAGCUCGAUGCUUAUACUUCCCCCGAAUGCAGCCUGAAGGACGGGGGAAGUCAGGCACAUCUGCAGCAGCACGGCACCACAAACCACACACGAUCACCGGAGGAACCCAUCCGCUCUGGAUAA